AUGCAAGGCUUAUUGGAAUCUUUGAUGAAGUCUGAGUUUGACAGUAAUGAUAUAAACCAUGAAGAUAAUGUGCCCUAUACACGCAAAAUAAAUGGUGGCAGUAGUGAAAAGGAUAUUGAUGAAAGGUUAUUAAUUAGUAAAAUGAAUGGAAACAAUGAAAGUAAGCCAAGUACUAAUCUUGAAACAAAGAUGCCUCUGAUUAAUAGUGCAGCCAAAAGUCUAAUUAAAAAUAAAGAUAUCAGUGCUGAUCAAACCGAUGGUAAUGUUGAAGAUGCAAAAGAUGU